CGUCCAGAUCCGGAAUCCUAGGUGUGGGCGACCAGCCGCAUCCAGAUUUGGAGUCACCACAGUCGAAGGCAUCUGUUUCCCCCCAGACCUGGAGCCAACAUGAUGAUUGGUGAUGGAGGAAAGCAGCAUACUAUCUCCGAUGGCCACGUCUUACCACAACUGGCAUCGGAGAAGGUAGUUGUUGCCUCCACUUCGCCCUCCGCUGUCAACAUCAAAGAAGAAUUUGAAGCUGAUAUCAUGCAAAACAUCAACCGGAGCUCCAACAGCCUCAUCUCCGUGCACCGUGUCAUGUUUGGACUCGAAGGCUGGGCGGACCUACCACAUGGAUUAUUGCACUCCAUCAUUGUCCUGUUUGGUUCAACUCGUGACCUUCUUGCAUUCAUCGCCACCUGCCCUAGCUGGUAUGCCGCAUUCAUGUCAAUCAAAUCUACCUUAGGCGAGCUCUUCCCACCUGUUAUUUUCCGGAAUUGUGCCGACCAGACAAGCUCAGCUGGCUCUAACAUUGGAAACACAUGGGAGCUCAUUGAUCCUGUAUAUCCAAGUACUCCGUUGUGUCGCUUGACCCCUCCAAGUAUUUUGGACAAAAUGGCAGUCAUCAAAUGUUCUUAUGGUCAUGCGAUUUUCUGCUACGACAGAUCCCUUGUCAUUAUGGACGUGCUCAUUGGCACUACGGUUGCAGCUCCACCUUUCCCACUGAGUCAACUAUGCCACAUAACCUUCAUAUCUCCAGAGGCAUCACCCGAUUCAUAUCUAUUUGUCAGCAGCCCGCACUGCCUGUACGCUUGGCGAGUUGGGAGCCCCUCUUGGUUGCACUGCGAUUUUCUAAAUGCACAUUUGAUCAAGGAGAUAGUAUCCUUCAAAGGCCGGGUCAUUAUGAGGAUGCGUCAAAAACACGACUUGAAGAAGUGGAAGUAUGUGAGCAUGGAAGAGGGAGGCUUGAAGAAGUGGGCGUUCUUCUUUGGCGAGAAACAUACUGGACAGCCACGACUUUUAGUGAAUCCAGAGAGAAUGGGUUUAAGGGGUGGCCUUGUCUAUCAGUUGGAUGAAAACGCUCGAGUAUUUUCAUACCCAGUAGAUGGCAACCAAAAUGAGGAGUUGGAGCCAGAACCUUGUUUUGCGACGAUCAAUGCUUAUCUUGCUCGCAAUCCUACAUCCUUUGCAGCUUGGGUAUGAGAUCGUGUCAUUGCACCGCGCAGUUGUCUUGUUGUCGUUGGCUGCACUUGGGGACUUUUUGUCGCUAUGUUCCUUCUAGUUUCCGCUCCUUUGACGGAGUACAUCAAGAUUUGUAAUAAUCUCUGUUUGCCACCCAGUGUACAUUCCUGGAGGCAAAACUUGUGCUACAUGUUGCUAUUUUCGCUGAACCUUGUUAAUUACUCCCGUUUUGCAUACAAGA